AUGUCUUCUGCACCUCUUUCCGGCAAAAUCGCCCUCGUGACCGGCGCCUCCAAAGGCAUUGGUGCCUCCACAGCCACCGCGCUCGUCAAACUCGGCGCCAAAGUCGUCAUCAACUAUAGCCGCGACUCGGCAGCAGCUGAGAAACUCGUCGCCCAACUCGGGCCUGACAACGCAUACGCCGUGCAAGCCGACGCCGGCAGCAUCAGCGGGAUCGAAACCAUGGUUAAAACCACGGUAGACAAGUACGGCAAGAUUGAUAUUCUGAUCCCGAAUGCAGGGAUUCUCCUCAUGCGCGACGUCGAGACCACGACCGAAGUCGACUUCGACCGCGCCUUCAACCUGAACGUCAAAGGUCCCUAUUUCCUGGCCCAAAAGGCCCUACCAUACAUGGCGCGCAGCAGCAGCAUCGUUCUCAUCUCCACGACACAGGCACACGCCUCGACCGUCACGGGUCCAUAUACUUUGUACUGUGCGACCAAGGGUGCCAUUGAACAAAUGGUCCGCGUUAUGUCCAAGGACCUGCAAUCCAGGAAAGGAAUCAGCGUCAAUGCCAUUGCACCCGGUCCCACUGGCACCGAGCUCUUCUACGAGGGCAAGUCCGAGCAAGUCCUCAAAAUGAUUGCUAGCUUGAACCCUAACAACCGCAUCGGGACGCCGGAUGAGGUGGCCGACGCCAUUGUAUUCUUGUGCGGAGAGGGUGCAAAAUGGGUCAGCGGCCAGACUAUUCGGGUCAAUGGCGGUCAGGCUUAG